AUGGCAUUCCGACAAAGACUCGCGAAACCUUUACUUUACACAAUUGGAGCCACAUCAGUUGGUAGUGGCAUCCUCUACUACACAUAUCGACCACGAAACAUUCCCGGUUCUGAUUCUGCCGUCGUCCCUCCCUUUGGCGCAGAUGGAUAUUUCCGACCUCCACGAUUCCCCAAGAUCAAAUCAAGAGCAGAACAAAUCGCAGAUUUAAAAAGAAGCGGGGAAUCCCAAGGUGCAUCUGCGACGGCUACACCACAAAAUGAAGAUGAUGUGUAUGAUUUACUAGUCAUCGGUGCGGGAGCUACAGGCGCGGGUGUGGCGUUAGAUGCUGCCACUAGAGGAUUGAGAGUGGCGGUAGUGGAAAGAGAUGAUUUUAGUAGUGGGACGAGUAGUAAGAGUACCAAAUUGGUUCAUGGCGGUGUACGAUAUUUGGAAAAGGCGGUUUGGGAAUUGGAUUAUAAUCAAUAUGCGUUGGUGAAGGAGGCGUUGAGGGAACGCAAAUAUUUCUUGGAGACGGCGCCACAUUUGUCGAGUUGGUUGCCCAUUAUGCUGCCGUUGGAUUCAUGGUGGAAGGCUCCUUAUUAUUGGGCGGGUACGAAAGCUUAUGAUUUCUUGGCUGGUUCCGAGGGGAUUGAGAGUUCGUAUUUCUUGACCAGGAGUAAGGCUUUUGAGGCUUUCCCUAUGUUGAAGAAGGAUAAUUUGGUGGGUGCGUUGGUUUAUUAUGAUGGUGCUCAUAAUGAUUCGAGGAUGAACGUUUCAUUGGCGAUGACUGCGGCUUUGUAUGGAAGUACCGUGGUCAAUCAUCUCGAGGUUACUGGUUUGGAAAAGGACGCCAACGGUCAAUUAUGUGGCGCAACGGUCAAGGAUAUGGUAGAAGAAAAGGAUGGCAAAACAGCAAAGGAAUUCAAAAUCCGAGCGAGAGGUGUAAUCAACGCCACAGGACCAUUCUGCGAUUCCAUUCGAAAGAUGGACGAUGCAGGAGUAAAGGAAAUCGUAGCACCAAGUUCCGGUGUUCACGUCAUUCUUCCUGGUUAUUACAGUCCUCAAAAGAUGGGUCUUAUUGAUCCUAAAACUUCAGAUGGUAGAGUUAUUUUCUUCCUUCCAUGGCAAGGAAAUACCAUUGCUGGUACCACCGAUUCUCCCACCAAAAUCUCCUACAACCCAGUCGCAAGCGAAGAAGAAAUUGACUGGAUUCUUUCCGAAAUCCGCCGCUACCUCGCUCCAGAUAUCAAUGUCCGCCGUGGUGAUGUUCUCGCAGCUUGGUCCGGCAUUCGUCCUCUCGUCAAAGAUCCAAAUGCAAAGAAUACGGAAUCUCUCGUCCGCAACCAUCUCAUUAAUAUCGCACCUUCUGGUCUCCUCACAUGUGCAGGUGGUAAAUGGACCACUUACCGUCAAAUGGCAGAAGAAUGUGUUGAUGAAGCCAUUUCCGCAUUCAAACUCCAACCUAAAGCAGUAUCAAAUGCACCAGAUGUUUCCGGUACACAACUGCAUGAUGAUGGAGCUCACUUAAAUGGAUCUUGUCAAACUCAUCAAGUCAAGCUUGUCGGUGCCCAUGGUUUCUCCAAAACCCUCUUCAUCAACCUUAUCCAACACUUUGGUCUCGAAACCGACGUCGCCAAACAUCUCACGGAAAACUAUGGUGAUCGAGCUUGGACAGUCGCAUCUCUCUCUUCACCAACAGAACAAAGAUUCCCGGUUAGAGGUGAAAAGAUUAGUCCCCUGUAUCCAUUUAUUGAUGGAGAGGUUAGAUAUGCGGUUAGACAUGAGUAUGCUCAAACUGCAGUGGAUGUCUUGGCUAGAAGAACUCGAUUGGCAUUUUUGAAUGCGCAAGCGGCUUUAGAGGCCGCCCCAAAGGUUAUUGAUAUUAUGGCUGGGGAAUUGGAUUGGAGUUCAAAGAGGAAGGAGACGGAGUGGACUGAUACCGUCCAAUUCCUCGAAUCAAUGGGUCUCCCCAAAUCCAAAUUAUCGGCAACGAGAAAACAGGUCGAAAGUGGUAAAAUGGAGUUUAAAGAUUCGGUCGAAUAUAAAAUGUAUAGUAGACACGAUGUGCCAGGAGAUGAAUUGGAGAGUGAUAAGAGGUUUGGGAAGAAUAUGGGGUUGAAGAGUGGGAGUGCGGCGGAAAAGUAG